UUCAUGGGGUAUUGUUUGGAGGAUCCUUUUGGGAACACAGUGGUGACCAAGGAAGUGGUCAUGCCUAUGUACACAUGAAAAACACAUGUAUGUUGCUACUCAUGACCAGCACAUAGACUCUGUCAAACCUCUUAGUUCUACUAUCAAACGUUCAUUGAUAGCAUCACGCUAGUGGCCGGAGAACGGGAAUGUCGCGAUACCGUGGUCUCGAUUGAAUGCGGAGUCGACAGAGACAUGUAUCGAAGACGGAAUCAACCCGGCAUUCAACUCACGAGACACGUUAGCCGCGGCUAUACCAUAUGCAACUCCAACUUGUUGGGUUGAUUAAAUACUGAGCAAGAGCUGUCGCUAUACGAUGUGCGCAAUCUCAUUCCUCAUCGCUACAAACAUCCACAGUGCUCUUUACGAUGACCAGUCACGACUACUCUUCAACUACCGUGAACCGACAUCAAGAUGCGCAUUAUGAUUCCGAAGAGAAGCUGCGUUAUGAGCUUGCCAAGACGGUUACGCUCACUCCAGAACUCUAUGAGCGCUUGUUUCUAAACCCGAAGACGCGAGUAUCGGGGGACCUUCGUUCACGGUUUGGAAACCCAACGCCAGUGGGUGUGUUGGGCUUCUCGAUUGCCGUUAUGCCACUUGCGUGUGCCUUCAUGGGCUGGCAGGGCUCGGGCGGUCUCAGCGUCGCGACUGGGACAGUGAACAUAUUUUUCGGCGGUAUGCUCCUUAUCCUCGCAGGUAUUGGAGAGUUCCUACUUGGGAACACAUUCCCAAUGAUGGUAUUCCUCGGAUAUGGUGCGCAUUUCUUUGCUUACGCAACAACAUUCGUUCCCGCUUUCAACUCGAUUGGAUACUUCAACCCGGAUGGAAGCGGCACUGGCAGUCCUGGCACGUCGAACCAGACAUCAGUAUUUCUAGCAAGUUAUGCGUUCUACCUCAUCGUCAUGUGCAUUCUAUCCUUCAUAUUCCUCCUCGGCUCGUUACGCGUCAACGUCGUGUUUGUCCUAAUUUUUAUGUUUGCGACAAUCGGGUUUGGUCUCGGCGCUGGGGCCUUCUUCAACCUUUCCAAUGGAAAUGCUGUGGUUGGAACGAGGUUGGCUACGGGUACAGGUGCUUGCUUCUUUGCGGCUAGCGUACUAGGCUUCUACUUCUUGCUGGCUCUGAUUAUUGCGAUCAUGGAGUUGCCGGUGCCGGACCUGCCUGUAUGCGACCUGAGUAUGGUGAUCAAGGCGAGGCCAAGAGGUGUGAUCAAGGAAGAGUGAUGGGUGUGGGAUAGAUGCAGUCAAAAAGCUCGUGACAAUGCGGCCUGCUACUGUUCAAGGUACUAUAGCCGGUAGGCGGCUCGUCGUGUUAUAGUUUCAAAUGUCAUGAUGUUCAAUGAACAGAGGAUUGGUUCGCUACAGUUACGGACGGUCAUGGCUGG